CGGCCACGCUGUCGUUAUCGGUAGUCAGAGCAGGUUGAGAAACCAUUAUAAAAUAAAUAGCAAAAAUUCAAGUGAAACGAUGCGAAAAACAUAAUCGCAAACAAAAAAUUGUAGAAAAUUAAUGCAAAACGACGCGUAAACGACAACUAAAAAGUGCAAUUGAUUAUUGAAACAUAGUGUAAACGAAAAAGAAAAUUGCGCAGCAUAAAAUUCCCAGCUUCAGGAAAAGAGCCAUAAAAAUCGAUUCUCCAACGAAGUCACAGUCAGUCAUACGGGCCCAAGCACAAGCAAGAAAGAGAGUGACUUUUCGCGCGGGCGUCGGUGGAGCGCGCCUUCCUCCUCCCCCCCAUACAACAGUGCUUACAGUUUUAGAUAUAUUUAUUUUCAUUUUUUUUGCCAAAAGUCCACCUAAAACUGUACGUGUGUAUAUGUGUGUGUAAUUGUUGUUUUGUUUGCGAAAGCAACGCAACUAAAAUCGGGCAGGACAACAACUAUAAUUAUAAUUAGGCAAACAAUAAAUGUAAUUUUUGGGCAAAUAUAUGUGACAACUCUGUGCAAAUAAAGAAGAUUCCAAACACAAAUUGAGCGACAAUAACAACGAACAGAAAAUAAAGAGACCUGUGUGUACAGUACAUACACAAAUACAAACACAAACACAUGCAUACGCUAUGCACCUACAUGUGUGUAUGUGUGCGAGAGUGUGUAAUGAAUAACGAAAGUCAAGAAUGAAAUGGAAAUAUUUGCCUCGCAAUCGCAGACCGCCCCACAUGACGUAUUACUUGGAGCGUUAGAGCAACUGUUAUUCGUGUGCGUGGCGCUAAUUGAAUCGUUCACUCAAUUCGGCGGAACAACAAAAACAAGAACAGCAAUACUAAUACUAAUACAACAAUACACAAGUUUGAGUCGCGAGUCCCUGUUUUAGUGACUCACCUGCCCCAAAAAAGACGAUUGCGUGCCACUGUGCCACACAUAAUUCUCGGCGGGUUCACAAGCUAACGAAAUCAACAACAACAACAGCAACAACACCAACUGGAUUAUCAGACAACAACAGCAACAAUAACGAAUACCGUCCCAGUCAUAUCCCCUUUUUUAGUGUGUGUGUGUGAGUUGGGCGCAUGAAUCAGACGCACCCACACACCUAUCCACGCACUAACACACACUAAUAAAUAUACGCAUAGGCGUCUGAAGCGUUGAAGUAAAAGUGAGAGCAGCAGCAGCAGCGAAGCUUCAAGGCCUUCCACGAUGUCAAGUGAUAAGAUCAAAGUUGCUGUGAGGGUGCGACCCUUUAAUCGCCGUGAAAUCGAAUUGGGUACAAAAUGCAUCGUCGAAAUGGACAAACAGCAAACAAUACUCCAAAAUCCGCCAACGCUGGAGAAAAUGGAAAGAAAACAACCAAAGACAUUUGCAUUCGAUCAUUGCUUCUACUCACUGAACCCAGAAGAUGACAGCUUUGCGUCACAGGAGACGGUUUUCGAUUGUGUGGGACGUGAUAUACUGGAUAAUGCAUUUCAGGGUUAUAAUGCAUGCAUAUUCGCCUACGGCCAGACAGGUUCUGGCAAAUCGUAUACGAUGAUGGGCUCACAGGAGAGCAAGGGCAUUAUACCGCGACUCUGUGACAAACUGUUCUCGGCGAUAGCGAACAAAUCAACACCAGAGUUGAUGUACAAAGUGGAGGUCUCCUACAUGGAGAUCUACAAUGAGAAAGUGCACGAUCUGCUCGAUCCGAAGCCAAACAAACAGUCGCUAAAGGUGCGCGAACACAAUGUGCUUGGCCCAUAUGUCGAUGGAUUGUCCCAACUGGCAGUCACAUCCUAUCAGGACAUUGAUAACCUCAUGACCGAGGGCAACAAGUCGCGUACUGUGGCCGCCACCAACAUGAAUGCCGAAUCUUCGCGCUCCCAUGCCGUCUUCUCGGUGGUGCUAACCCAGAUACUCACCGAUCAGGCAACUGGAGUUAGUGGCGAGAAGGUCUCUCGCAUGUCCCUCGUCGACUUGGCUGGUUCCGAGCGUGCUGUCAAAACAGGCGCUGUCGGUGAUCGCCUCAAAGAAGGCUCCAAUAUUAACAAAUCGCUGACUACCUUGGGUCUGGUCAUCUCCAAGCUGGCCGAUCAAUCGAAUGGCAAAAAGGGUGCCAACGAUAAAUUUGUGCCCUAUCGUGAUUCAGUGCUGACCUGGCUGCUAAAAGACAAUCUCGGCGGCAACUCCAAGACAGUAAUGGUGGCCACCAUUUCUCCCUCGGCGGACAACUACGAGGAGACGCUGUCCACGCUACGCUAUGCGGAUCGUGCCAAGCGUAUUGUCAACCAUGCCGUUGUCAAUGAGGAUCCCAAUGCUCGCAUCAUUCGCGAGCUGCGUCACGAGGUGGAAACGCUGCGCAGCAUGUUGAAGCAUGCCACCGGAUCGCCAGUGGGUGAUGUGCAGGAUAAACUCGCUGAGAGCGAGAAUCUGAUGAAGCAAAUCUCGCAAACCUGGGAGGAAAAGCUGGUCAAGACCGAGCGCAUUCAAAACGAGCGACAGCAGGCACUGGAGCAGAUGGGCAUCAGCGUGCAGGCCUCAGGCAUCAAGGUGGAGAAGAACAAGUACUACUUGGUCAAUUUAAAUGCAGAUCCGUCCCUCAACGAGCUGUUGGUCUACUACCUAAAGGAACGCACGUUGAUUGGCGGCCGCAGCAUUAGUGGACAGCAACCGGAUAUUCAGCUAUCAGGUCUUGGCAUACAGCCGGAGCAUUGUGUCAUCACCAUCGAGGACAGCGGACUAUUUAUGGAACCCGUUCAGGGUGCACGUUGCUUUGUCAAUGGUUCUGCGGCAUCGGAGAAGACGCCGCUGCAGAACGGUGAUCGUAUUCUGUGGGGUAAUCAUCACUUUUUCCGCGUCAACUCGCCCCGGGUGGGCAACAAUGCCAGCAUGUGUGCUUCAGAGCCCCAGACACCCGCACAACUCAUCGACUACAACUUUGCACGCGAUGAGAUCAUGCAGAAUGAGCUUAGCAAUGAUCCCAUACAGACAGCGAUUGCUCGCCUUGAGCGUCAGCACGAGGAGGACAAGCAGGUAGCGCUAGAGAAACAGAGACAAGAGUACGAGCGACAAUUCCAGCAGCUGCGCAACAUUCUCUCGCCCAGCACACCCUACGCUCCAUAUGCCCCCUACGAUCCCCUGCGUAUGGGCAAAGUGACGCCUAAUACGCCUACCUCGCAAAUGCGCGUAGAGAAAUGGGCACAGGAACGUGACGAAAUGUUCAGACGUUCGCUGGGACAGCUUAAGACGGACAUUAUGCGAGCCAAUUCACUGGUGCAGGAGGCAAACUUUCUGGCCGAGGAAAUGGAGAAGAAAACCAAGUUCUCGGUGACCUUGCAAAUACCGCCAGCCAACUUGAGUCCCAAUCGAAGGCGUGGCGCAUUUGUCAGUGAGCCAGCGAUUCUGGUGAAGCGCACAAAUUCAGGCAGCCAAAUCUGGAGUAUGGAGAAGCUAGAGAACAAGUUGAUUGACAUGCGAGAAAUGUACCAGGAGCACAAGGAGCGCAUACUCAAUGGACUGGACGAUGACAAUGGUAAGCCACAGGAUCCGUUCUAUGAGUCGCAAGAGAAUCACAAUCUCAUUGGCGUGGCCAACGUUUAUCUGGAGGUGCUGUUCCAUGAUGUCAAGCUGGACUAUCACACGCCCAUUAUUAGCCAACAGGGAGAAGUUGCCGGUCGACUGCAGGUGGAGAUUCAACGCGUUGCCGGCCAAAUGCCGCAGGAUCGCAUGUGUGAAUCGGUGUCGGAAACGUCGUCGGCAGAUUCGCGUGAUGAAUACGACGAUCCCGUUGACCCAAUGGCCAAUCAAAUCACCUGUCGUGUCACCAUCAAAUGCGCCUCCGGCUUGCCGCUCUCCUUGUCCAACUUCGUCUUUUGCCAGUACACAUUCUGGGGCCAUCAGGAGAUGGUGGUGCCAGUGAUCAAUGCCGAGUCAACAGCGCACGAUCAGAAUAUGGUGUUCAAGUUUGAGCAUACCCAAGAUUUUACGGUCAACAUCAACGAGGAGUUCCUGGAGCAUUGCAUCGAAGGAGCUCUUUCGAUUGAGGUCUGGGGACAUCGCAGUGCCGGCUUCUCUAAGUCCAAGGGCUGGGAAGUGGAGCAACAGCAGGCUAAGGCUCGAUCCCUGGUCGAUCGUUGGGCGGAAUUGUCACGCAAAAUUGAACUUUGGGUCGAGAUACACGAGCUGAACGACAAUGGCGAGUACUCGCCCGUGGAGGUAACCAAUCGCAACGAGGUGCUCACUGGAGGCAUCUACCAGUUGCGACAGGGACAACAGCGUCGCGUUAAUGUGCGUGUGAAGCCAGUGCAGAACUCUGGCACAUUGCCCAUCAUUUGCCAGUCCAUCGUCAAUGUGGCCAUUGGCAGCGUGACGGUUCGUUCACGGUUGCAGCGUCCAUUGGACUCCUACCAAGAGGAGGAUCUGACAGUGUUGCGCGAGAAGUGGAGCGAGGCGCUGGGUCGUCGUCGCCAGUAUUUGGAUCAACAGAUACAGAUGCUGAUCAAGAAGGAGGAGAAGAACGAACAGGAACGCGAGCGUGAGCUGAGUCUUGUGCAUCAAUGGGUAUCGCUGACCGAGGAACGCAAUGCUGUGCUGGUGCCGGCACCAGGAUCGGGCAUUCCAGGCGCACCUGCUUCGUGGGAGCCACCGUCCGGCAUGGAGCCCCAUGUACCUGUGCUGUUUCUCAAUCUAAAUGGUGAUGAUCUCUCCGCACAGAAUACCAACGAUGAGUUGUCUAUUUCGGGCAUCAAUUCGAUUCUCUCCAAGGAACAUGGCCACAAAUUCUAUACGCUGCAGAUUCUACAGCAUCUGGACAAAGACGUGUGCUGCGUGGCCAGCUGGGACUCAUCCAUGCACGACAGCCAGGCGCUGAAUCGCGUGACCGAGGCGAACGAACGUAUCUAUCUGAUAUUGCGCACCACGGUGCGUUUAUCGCAUCCUGCACCCAUGGAUCUGGUGCUUCGUAAGCGUCUCAGCAUCAACAUCAAGAAGGGACAAACAUUGACAGAUCGUCUAAAGAAAUUCCGCUUGGUGCGCGGCGAGAAUGCGAUUUGGCAGAGUGGCGUUACCUAUGAGGUGGUCUCAAACAUUCCCAAGGCAUCGGAGGAGCUGGAGGAUCGCGAAUCGCUGGCCCAACUAGCUGCCAGUGGCGAUGACUGCUCAGCUUGCGAUGGCGAAACUUACAUAGAAAAAUAUACUCGCGGCGUCUCGGCGGUGGAGAGCAUAUUGAUCUUGGAUCGUCUGCGUCAGAAUGUCGCUGUCAAGGAGCUGGAGACGGCUCACGGACAACCGCUGUCGAUGCGCAAGACAGUCUCAGUGCCGAACUUCUCACAGGCGGUCAAAGACACCACCACGACCGGGAGUAUUAUGCGCUUCGAUGCCUCGAUGGAGUCGCUGCUGAAUGUGGGUCGCUCCGAGUCCUUUGCGGAUCUGAACAACACGGCGCUGGGCAACAAGUUUACGCCAGCACACAGCGGAGCAGGACCAGGAGCAGGAGGUGUCAUACGUAAUCGCCACAGCUUUGGUGGCAAGGGAAGCACCGACGACUCACCGGGCAAGGCCUUUGGCAUUGCGCGCCCAACAUUUUUGAAUCUCAAUUUGAACUUGAACACAUUGAGAAUUGCGCCAACAAAACCUUCUCCGGCCACAAGCAAACUGCUUGGCAUGCGCAUGACAACGUUGCACGAAGAGCCAUUAGGUGGUCAUCGAUCGCUGGAUGAGGAGCCCGAGGACAGCUACAGUGAUUCAGAAUAUGCUGCUGAGUACGAGCAGGAACGGCAGCAGAACAGAUGCUUGGCCACACGCUCCCGUCUGACCGCAUCCAAGACCAUGGACUCCUUCAUGGACGUGAGCAGUCAUUCGAAUCAAAGCUACUUGAGUUACACAUCCAGCGCCAAUGCGAACAUGAAGCAUCUGACUGGACUGGCCACGCUCAGCAUGAGCUCGUCCACCAGCAGCGGCUACGGCUCCCAGGCAGUGUCCUGCAACAAUCUGAGCAAUGAGGACAUCACUUCUAUGCGUUCCAUGAGCAUUGACGAGACUCCAGAUUUCGAUCGCAUCAACUCAAAUUCACCGCCAAAUCGCCAGGCGCGUGUAAAUCCCUUCCUUAAGGACAUGCCAAAGGCCAAAACGCUUGAAGCAGAGUCAAAGAAACUGCAGCAGACCCUGACACAUCCAUUGGAGCAGCCAGAGUCCAAGGAGAAUGCACAAAGCGAUGAUGAAUGCGAGCAAUUGCAGCGCAACAAUAACAACAAUGUGAAUGCCAAGUUGCCAGUGACAGAUUUGCCCCAGGAAUCGGUGCAAGAACAGCAGCCACAACCACAGCAGCAACAAGAGGAGGAAGAGGAGGAGCAACAGCCGCUGACUCAUGCGACGGAGCACGUCACGGACAAUCAGAAUGGCAAUAAAUCGAUUGAGAUGGAUAAUUCGCUUGACACUUCCGAGAUAAUCGAGUCAGCUGAGCAACAGCUUGAGGGCGAUGGCAUUGUGAGGGAGCAGUUGCCCGAGGGCAAAGUGAUGCGACGCAAAAAGUCAACAACGCAAACACCGAACAAUUGCGAUAGCAGCAACAACAACAAUGGCAAUGGCAACGGCAACGGGAAUGUCAACAAUACGAAUCAUGUGACACGCAACAAUCAGCGCGCAUCGGUGGCCAAAAUGGAGGGGCUGGGCGCUUAUCUGGAUGUCAACACCAGCGUCAUGUCGAGCAGCACAGAAGUGGAAGAUGAAAGCAAGGAGCUGGACGUGUCCCUGCCCGAGUGGAUUGUCGUGGGCGAGUCAGUGCUUAUACGUCCGUAUAAUACUAGCGGCGUUGUUAGCUUUGUUGGCACCACCCACUUUCAGCCCGGUGCCUGGAUAGGCGUUGAGUUGGACACGCCCACGGGCAAGAACGACGGUUCCGUGCAGGGCAUACAAUAUUUCCAGUGCAAGCCCAAGCAUGGCAUCUUUGUGCGUGCCGACAAACUGCUGUUGGAUAAGCGUGGCCGGGCGAUGCGCGCUUACAAGGCGGCUGAGAAGAGCAACAGCAUCAGCAAAGAGAUGAGUAGCUCGAUGACACGCUCGAAGAGCCGUGGCGAAUCGUUAAAUGUUUCGGCGCGCAAAUGAUUAUAUCCAAAAUGUUCGCAUCAAAUGCAGCGUUGGACUAAUUGCAGGCAAUCGACGCUCGUUAGCAAUGUUGGAGUUGGAAUGAAUGCAAGUGCAACUGCAAAUGCAACAACGACUCCAUCGACCUGCCACAGAUUGCGUGCAACCAGUGGCGCUGCGGAUGCGAACACUCAUGGCAAAAAAUGCUAUGCCAAUCGACGCUCGACGGCCUUCUAAGGUCGCCGCAACCGCCAACGAUGCACAUCGUCCAGCAACGAACAAUGCGGAGCAUUAACCAAUCACACGCUAGCUUAACUUAUUCACUUACUCUCUCACCCACACACCGCAAGCCUCCGCACACCCGCUCACAGACACCACACAACACACACUUUGCUUCAAAAUGUCGUCGUUGUUGUUGUCCGACGGUGUCUAAAGCAGCUAGGAAAAAAAAAAUGAACAGAACAACUAACCAACUAGUAAUUAACUAAAUGCUCCCCUUGCGUCUACCGCUCUUAAUGGAUAGUGAAGCUAAGUGCAAGCGUUCGCGUAGUUGCAUCAACCAAGUGCAAUACCACGAACACUUUGAAUACACACUUAGCAGCAGUAGAAACUAAACUAAUUAAUCAAAUCGUUUAAAUUGAGUAUGUACUAUGUAUGAAUGUGCGUGUAUGUUUGUGUAUGUUUCCUAAUCGUUUGUGUAUUAUUCUUAAUUCAAUUGGUUGAGUUCGAGUAGUUAAUUAUGAUGUUUGCCGAUGUUUGCUUUUUGAUAAAGCACAAUUGAUGAUUAUAUUUUUGUACCGAUUAAUUAAUUGCCCCUAGUUUAAUUAAUUCAAUUGUUUUUUGGUAUAUACGAGACUACUUUACUUUAAUAUUUACCACUUAUUAUUAUCAAUGUAUAUCAAUGUGACUUGGUUUAUCAACUACAUAUAUGAGCUUAUUUUUAUUAUUGUUAUGGACUAUAUCAAAUAUAUGAAAUCAGUUGUAUAUAAAUAUAUUUAUGCAAUAAGUUUUACGAGACAUGCAAUAUUUUUUCAAAUAUAUCUCCCAUUCUGUUUAGCGCAUUUAUACGUAUCUAUAAUGAAUAUGAAUAUGUAUUUCAAUUACAAACGAUACAAACCAAUACAAUAUUAGUAUAUUCUAUAUGUAUAUUGUAAUAAUGAUAAUAUAAUAAUAAUGACAUAUUCCAUAUAAAAGCGAUGCAUUCGCAUCGCAUAUAUGUUAAUUGUAUUAUUUGAUGUGAUGUAUUUUAUAAUUUCUCUCUCCAUUUAUAAUUAAACAAAAAAAAAUAAACUUCAUUUUGCUAUAUAUAUAUUUAUUAUUUUUAUUUAUUCUAUAUUCAAUGUGAUUAGUAUGUAUGCUUAUCAUUUGAUUUAUGUAUUUACACAUAUAUAUGUAUAUUUAUAUUUAUCAAUGUUGAAGGUUGUGCGACUAUGUUUGUGAACCAUUAACCGAAAGAAAGGCUUGCGUUAGUCCAAGACGUGAAUAACUUGGAAGAAGAAACAAAUGAAGCAAUAAUUGCCGAAGAAUAUUCAAUUUUAAGUUUAAGAUAAUCGAUAUAACAAUGCAAAUAAUGAUAUGAGAUGAUAAAACAAAGUUCGAUUCUAGGGCAAGCCAGCCAUGAAAAGUGGCUGACAAACGUUUGUACGUAAACGUAUCCAUCCAUCCAACAACCAAGACAUCCAAGACACUCCAAACUGAGUCUGAGAUAAAUUGCAAUUUACAAACAAUAACAAAAACAAAAAUAUAUAUUAACUACAACUACCAACAACAAGAAGCGAUUUACACUUAGAAACCAAAAUCCAAACGCAGAGUCAAAACCGAAGAUGAAGACGAAGUUGAAGUUGAAGUUGAAGUAGAUCCCAACUGGAUCCAAACUUAAUUCAGUUAACCAGAAUAUAUGUACUUCGAUGCAUACAAGAAGAUAUAUAAAUAUAUAUAUACACGUAUAUAUAUAUUAAGUAUACGUAUGUAUAUUUUCGAACUGUGUUUUCUACUUGCAUCAACUACCAAAUAUACUUGAAAAUACGUCCAAAAAUUGAAAAUUAAAUGAAAUUCAAAAGCAAGACAAAAACUACAAUAUAUAAUAUAAUAAUAUAUAUACACUUACAUGAUAAUUAUACAUUCAUAUACAUACAUAUAUUUACCAGAACAUAAACAUUAACUCGACAAAUUUAAUACUUUGGCAUGCCAAAGCUACAGAUAUUCCCAGAUAUCUCGAAAGUCCUAGUAGAUGCAAGAUAUUUAUGUUGAUAAUUAACAUCCAUCAUCAUGUCACUCCCCCUCCACGCCCAGCACAACACCAAAAACUUGUUUGUACAUGUGUGUACAUAAAAAGGCGCAUAAAACAAAAAUAAUGAAUGAAUAAUUCAAGUAAAAUAUCUACUAUGUAUUAUCGAAAAAUUACUGAAAUUUAAUGCAUUUAAUAAGCGUAAAUAACAUUCAAAAUAGAGCUUGAAAAUUGAAAAUUAUAGGAAAAAGAAAAUGCAAACAAGAAAAUCGAAAGUGAAAUUUGAUGAACAAAAUUAUUAGCACGCGUAACGCGCAGUUUAAUUGUAUGUAAAAUAGAUGAGAAAAUGAGAUUAGAAAAUGCUUGCUUUGCAUCUUACAGAUACCCCAAAAAAAGAAAUGGAGACACAACAUAUACAUACUUAUACAUACAUAUACAAAUACAAAAAUAUAUAGAUAUACAUACAUAUAUGUAUAUUUAAUCUUAGUUCUAGGAUAGAUGAUCAGCAUGCACGAGCGUAGAAAUCGAUCGAAAAGGUACCUUAUAUAGUGCAUAUAUAGUAUCUAUGGAUCUUUGUGUUUUAGGAGCUAUUGCCCAGGGCUAUCAAGCAUUUUAUUGUAGAUACAAAUAUGAUUUCAAAAUCAUACUUAAACACACACACCCACACACACACACGCACACUUCCAUUCACACGUAUACACAGGUAAAUAUGAUAUAAAUAUACUAUUUAUUAUAGAACGCGAUAUUGAUAGAUGUUGUGGGUAGUCAAAGAUAAUCGUAUAUUUGCGCACUUUUAGAGCUUUUAGCACGGUCAACGAAAUAAUGAUAACGUUAUUAUUGCAAUACACUAACAAAACAACAAAUUAUACUUAAUUACGAUAAUAGCAGAAUCAGCAGAAGCAGCAGCAAGAAAUUCCACGUUAAUAACUGCUAUCAAAAUAAUGUUGAACAAAUUAACACUAAAAAUAGCUAACAAAUGCUUUUAUUGUGCAAUCCACACACUCUUUCACACACACACACACAUACAAACACACACACACACACACACACACACAAUCACGUGAGUUCUUCAAUAUUAACAAUUGUUAAUUUUAAUGUAAAGUUCACUUUUUGCUUGUAGUUGUAAUUUUUGUGUAUUAACAAUCGAACAACUGGCAAGUCAAGAACAAAACAACAGCAAAAUCAACAAUAAUAACAAUUUCUGUAAUUUAUACUUAAUUAUUUUACUCAACAAUUUUUAGUAACUUAACAAAAACAAAAAAAUGAAAAUGAAAAUGAGAACGUCAGCGAAAAAUAAAAGAAAAAUGAUGAAAACACGUAUUCAACAGAAAAUUCAAACUACAAUUAAACAAAAGACAAAAAUUAUGUACUUUAAUCUAUAAAUAUAUACAACAAACGUGCAAAGAAUUUGUUUCACUGAUAAUUUACAGCUGGCGGGAAUCACCCAACAAAAGAAAA